CAUUACUAAUCUUUCACACUAUCCUCUCUUAUUCUCUGCUACAUCUCUGAAGCUGCUCGGAAGCGUCUUCUUCAAUGUCUCGGUUCUUUCCCAAUCGUUCGAAUAAAUCUGGGGAUUCCGGUUUUCUCCACGGCGUGGUGGGUGAAGCCACCUCGGCCCUCAAUAAGGUGGCCGGUGAUGUGGCUGCCGAGGUUCGUAGUCCUGGAUUGGUGGCCUCCCAUUCAGGCUUCAUCAAGCCUAUUUUAUCCGACGCCGUUUACGCCGCCCACGGUGUUGCUACUGAGCUCCGGAAUGCUGGAACUCAUGUCGCUUCUGAAGCAAUCUCGGCUGCCCAAAUGUCUCCAGGAGUGGCUGGAGGAGUGUCUCCUCAGGGCCAGCAUUCUGAACUGUUGAGCACUGCCUCUGGAUUAAUAAACCAGGUCUCAUCUGAUGCCUUCUCGGCUGCUCAAAUGUCUCCGGGAGUGUCUCCUCAGGGCCAGCAUUCUGGACUGUUGGGCACUGCCUCUGGACUUGUCAAGCAGGUCUCAUCCGAUGCCAUAUCGGCUGUCCAAAUGUCUCCGGGAGGGUCGCCUCAGGGCCAAAUUUCUGGACUGUUGGGCACUGCUUCUGGACUAGUCAAGCAGGUCUCAUCCGAUGCCAUCUCAGCUGCCCAAAUGUCUCCGGGAGGGUCUCCUCAGGGCCAGCUUUCUGGAGUGGUUGGCACUGCCUCUGGAUUCGUCAAGCAGAUCUCAUCCGAUGCCAUCUCGGCUGCUCAAAUGUCUCCGGGAUUGUCUCCUCAGGGUCAAUAUUCUGGGCUGCUGGGCACUACCUCUGUUUUCAUUAAGCAGGUCUCAUCCGAUGCCAUUUCAGCUGCCCAAAUGUCUCCGGGAGGGUCUCCUCAGGGCCAAAUUUCUGGAGUGGUUGGCACUGCCUCUGGAUUCGUCAAGCAGAUCUCAUCCGAUGCCAUCUCGGCUGCUCAAAUGUUUCCGGGAGGGUCUCCUCAGGGCCAACUUUCUGGAGUGGUUGGCACUGCCUCUGGAUUCGUCAAGCAGAUCUCAUCCGAUGCCAUCUCGGCUGCUCAAAUGUCUCCGGGAUUAUCUCCUCAGGGUCAACAUUCUGGGCUGCUGGGCACUGCCUCUGGUUUCAUUAAGCAGGUCUCAUCCGAUGCCAUUUCGGCUGCCCAAGGUGUGGCUACCGAGGUCCAGCAUGCAGGAAUGGUUGGUGAACCUUUGUCCAAUAUUGAUCGACUUGUCAAGCAGGUCUCAUCCGAAGCCAUCACGACUGUCCAAAAUGUUCCAGGAGUGGCUGCUUCUGUUGGGAGUGGUGGAGUGCUGAACACUGCCUCAGGAUUCCUCAAGCAGGUCUCAUCUGAUGCCAUCUCGGCUGCCCAAGGUGUGGCUACUGAGGUCCAGCAUGCUGGAGCGGUUGGCGAAUCUCUGGCUAGGAUCGAUAAUCUUGUCCCUUCAGUCAUCAAGCAGGUCUCGUCUGAUGCCAUCUCGGCCACCCAAAAGGUUGCAGGAGCAGCUGCUGGACUGGCUUCUGAUGUUCAGAAUGGUGGAGUUUUGAGCACUGCCACUGGACUCAUCAAGGAUGUGUCAUCCCAAGCCAUCUCAACUGCCCAAGGUGUGGUAACCGACUUGAAGCAUGGUGGAGCGGUUCAAGAAGAAACUCAGAAGCUGAAAUACUUGGCAUUUGUGCAAGCAGCCAUUGUCCAUAUGUUUUUCUUGUUCACCGACCUCUUCACUAAACUGAAGCAAAAUUCCGGACCCUUGAAGCCUGUUCUUCAGACAGUUGAGACAUUAGUUAAAACUGUGAUUGGACCGAUUUUUUAUAAGUUCUUCGAUGUCUUUUACGAUCUACUCGAAUUCGCCGAUGACAAGAUUGGUGAACUUGUGACUAUGAUUGAUAGUCUUCUCCCUUCAGUCGUCAAGGAUGUGUUAUCCGAAGACAUUUCGGUUGGCCGAAAUGCUUUAGGACUGACCGUUGACACGCCUGCUACUGUGGUCCAGACUACACUAGUGCCGAGCACUGCCUCUGGAUUCCUCGAUCGGAUCUCGUCUGGAGCCAUCUUGGCUGUUGAAGGUGUGGCUAGUCAGGUCCAGAAUUCCGGAUUGAUUCCCGAACAACUACAAAUUCUGAAGUACAUGAAAUACAUCAAAUUCUUUAUACAACUGCAAGAAGCCGCUCUUCGUUUAGUAAAAUUCUACUUUAAAGUUAAGAAGAUGUUAGGACCGUUGGAGCCUGUCAUCGAUGCCAUCGAGCGAGUGGUUAUCAGCUUGUAUCAAAAGUUCUUCGCGAAAAUCGUUAAGAGCCUGGUUAGAUGGGUUCUCAUAAAGUUCUUUGGUGUCCCUGCUGAAGUUUUCGACUUAAUCGACAAGGUUGGCGAUUUGAAUAAGUUUGCCGAUUUGAGUAAUCUUGGAAAUUUGAGCAAGUUUAAUGCAUUAGAAAAGGUUGGCGAUUUGAGUAGGCUUGGUGAUUCGAGUAAGAUCGAUGCACUUGUCCAAAAUCUUCCGGGAGUUGGUGGUUUGGCUACCGAGUUGACCGGUGCUGGAGUGCUGAGUACUGCGUCGGGAUUCCUCAAACAAGCCUCGUCGAACCCCCUCACAGGCUUCCAAGUUGCGGCCGGUGUCCAGCGCGCCGGAGCGCUUGAUUCCACGACCAAGAUCGAUGGUCUUAUAUCACCAUUCUUCAAGCAGGCUACAUCCGUAGCAACCUCGGUCGGCCAAAUCGCUUCGGGAGUCGCCAGUGGCGCCGCUUCUGACGUCCAGCGUACCGGACUGUUUAGUGCCCCUGCAGGAUUCAUCAAACAGAUCUCGUCCGAAGCCAUCUCCACCGUCCAAAAUGCUUCCGAGGUGGCUCAGGGUCUGGCUACCACCGGAGUAGGCAGCACUGCCACGGGAUUCAUCACACAGCUCGCGUCCGGACCUAUCGCGGUCACACAAAGGUCUCAGGAGGUCCAACAACCAGUAGAGGCGCCUUCAUUGGCACAAACCGUCUUCGACAUCGUCGAGCCAACGGUCGAAAAAUGUGCAGUUUCGGUUUUGCAGAAACUGAACCGAAUCCCUCUCUUCCCACAAGUAGCCGCGGUAGCCGUCCCGACAGCUUGCUUUUUCACCGGAGUAUACAACGAGGUGGUGGCUACCGGUGCCAAGAAGGGUUACAUGGUCGCCUCGUUUUUGCCGUUGGUUCCUACGGAGAAGAUUGCCAAGGUGUUCAGUGGAGGGAAAUAUGAUUAGUUUACGUAGAGUGAUUAAUAUGUAAUAAGCCUCUCUCUUGUGGGAGAUGUAAAACCAUAUUAUAUCCCCUAUGUCCCCUGUAAUAGAGGAUCAUCGCACUAAAAUAAGUUUCAUAUUAGAUUUUAACUAGUUUUAAC